GAUAAAACACAUUUGGGAUGCGUUUAAAAGCAGCACUAUGGGGUUCCCUCAUGAUCUGUUGCCUAGUCAAAUCUCAAGAUCUCGACAACCCAUACCGAGACCCUAACGACCAGUACAACCGUUACGACGUCAAUAACCCCAGCACCCCUAGCACCUCAAUCUUGGACAAUCCGUAUGGAAGCCCCACGGCGACGCAGGACCCCAGAUUGGGCUCCAACCUGGACAAUCCUUACGCUCAAAUACCGCCAGACCAAAAGGAUCAGUUCGGACAGCCGAAUCCAUAUGGCAAUAAUGAUCCCAACAUAAAUAAUCCUUACGGUCAGGAUAAUUAUGGAGGCAACAGGCAAGAUACUUACGGUAAAGGAGAUCAGUAUGGGCAGGAUGGUGGUGUGGACCCAUAUGGAGGUGGUAGAUCGCCUAAUAUACCCUGGAGAAAUCCGCAGACUUACGGCCGGCCAGACAUACAUACCACCGUGAUCAAGGAGGCAACCUAUUUUAUAGUCGCGUCCAGAAUGGUCCGUCCAGGUCAGUUGUACAGAGUUUCGGUAACGGUGCUUAAAGAGAAACAACCUUUGACUGUAAGAGCUUCAAUUCAAAGGAACGGCGUGGAAAUGACUUCAGAUCACAAAGAUAUCAAAGAAGGUAUACCAGAAACUCUUCUUAUGAGGGUUCCACCUACCAGCGCCACGGGGGAAUACAACUUGAGAAUCGAAGGUUUAUACGAAAAUAUAUUGGGUGGUAGUGCCUUUUACAACGAAACCAAGUUAAUAUUCUCGCAAAGAUCAAUGACGAUAUUCGUGCAAAGCGAUAAACCCGUAUACAAACAAAGCGAAACCGUGAGAUUUAGAACAAUCCCCAUUAACACGGAGCUAAAAGCCUUUAACGACGCCGUAGAUGUCUUCAUGCUGGACCCUAACGGCCACAUAAUGAAACGCUGGCUCUCCAGGCAAUCCAACUUGGGCACCGUAAGUUUAGACUACCAGCUAUCCGACCAGCCCGUUUUUGGCCAAUGGAAAAUCAGAGUUAUCGCGCAAGGACAAAUAGAAGAAUCAACAUUUUUGGUGGAAGAAUACUACCAAACCAGAUUCGAAGUUAACGUUACCAUGCCAGCCUUUUUCCUUACCACUGACCAAUUCAUUCAUGGCAUAGUGAUGGCGAAUUACACCAGCGGCGGGCCGGUCAGAGGCAACCUCACCUUAAAGGCCAGCAUAAGACCAAUAAGACCGAUAGAUCUUAACCGAAUGGUGAACAAGACCCGAGUACCCGCGAGUUAUUACGAGAACCGUUUCAACGACAGACAGAGGUACAACGAACAAAACAAUAUCAACGAUCAAAAUCAAAAUUACGAUCAAAACGUUAAUUUGAAUAAUCAAAGCCCGAAUCCACAAUACGGGCAGUUAGAUGGUAAUUAUUAUAGUCGAGAUAGGGAAUACUACGCUACAAACUAUAAUAUUAAUGGUUAUAAUACUUACACUAAACCGCUGCUCGAGAAGUACUUUAAUUUUGAUGAGGAAAUUCCAUUUUGGAUGAGUAGGCCUUAUCAAGAGCAGUAUUAUGAAUAUGGUCGACCACCUAGUCUAAAAAUGUUCAAUGGUGUCUAUGAGUUCAAAUAUCCAUUAAGAGAGCUCUUGCACACACUCCCCACGUUGGAAGGAAUGGAAAUCGUUAUAACCGCCACAGUCGGUGACCACUUUUUGAAUGAAGUUAUUGAGGGAUAUUCUUCAGCUAGAGUAUCAAACUCAUCCAUCAAACUCAAAUUCAUGGGAGAUUCCCCGCAAGUUUUCAAACCUGGAAUGCCUGUAACCGCCUAUAUUGUUGCCUCAUUCCAUGACGGUUCGCCACUGACAAGAGAAAUGCUAAGAAACGGAGUUUUGGAAGUUGCUACAGGCAUAGACAUGCGCGGUGGAGGUAGAAGAGACAUUCCCAUCAAACAAUUGUACCAACUUGACGACUACAGCGGCAUUUGGGAGUACAAAAUCGACUUGAAACGUGAACUUGGCGUAGAAGGACCCAAUGCUUACGAUGAACUAAGUCAACUAAAUGCAUUGAAAAUACAGGCCACUUUUAGAGACGGAUUUUCAGGGCAGCAAGCAACAAGUGAGUUGCUUCUGUCUGCUCACUACAGUAACAACGAUCAACACAUUAAAGUUAUCACCAGUACCUUAACACCAAGAGUCGGUGAAUACAUGAUUUUCCACAUCAGAAGUAACUAUUUCAUUGAAAAAUUCAACUAUCUCAUCAUCGCCAAAGGCAUAAUACUUUUAACUGGUGACCAGGACAUGAAUGAUUUUGUUAGUACCAUGUCGAUUUCCCUAAGUGCAGAGAUGGCGCCGGUAGCCACUAUGGUGGUGUGGCAUGUAGGAAGAUAUGGAGAUAUUACUGUGGACAGUUUAACCUUCCCUGUGAAUGGCAUCAGUAGAAACAAGUUCAAAGUGUUCAUCAACAACAAAAAAGCCAGGACCGGUCACAAGGUGGAAGUGGCAAUUUACGGAGAACCCGGUUCUUACGUUGGCCUAUCGGGUAUCGACAGGGCCUUCUACACAAUGCAAGCUGGAAACGAGCUAACGUACGCCAAAGUGAUCACAAAAAUGGCGACUUUCGACGAGCACAUCAACGGCACGCACAGGCACACUUGGAUGUCGCACGAGGGAAACCCCGACGAGUUGGUGUACUUCCCGUCCAGCACUUACGGCAUCGACGCGAACCGGACGUUCGAGUAUGCGGGUCUGGUGGUGUUCAGCGAUUUCGUGUUGCCCAGGAGGCCGGUUUUCUGUAACGCCUCGCUAGGCUGGGGCGAAUGUUUGAGCGGAAGGUGCUACCGGUUCAGCAAAAGAUGCGAUUAUUUCAGAGAUUGCGACGAUGGCACUGAUGAGGCCGGAUGUAAUUAUGACAAUGGAACCGAAUUGGCGCUAUUCCGUAAGUUCCGAUUCAAUAGAAUCCAAAGGCAAUAUGAAAAUGUUUGGUUAUGGAGGGACGUAAAUAUUGGACCUCAUGGUCGAUACAUUUUCAAUAUCCCUGUGCCAGCCAGACCUGUUCACUGGAUGAUCUCCGCCUUCUCAAUGAGCCCUUCAUUAGGUUUUGGAAUGAUCAACAAAGCUAUCGAGUAUAUCGGUGUUUUGCCUUUCUUCAUGAACGUGGAAAUGCCCAACGUUUGCAUGCAGGGUGAGCAAGUGGGCGUGCGCGUUACAGUUUUUAAUUACAUGACCGAUGACGUCGAGGCUACAGUCGUUCUGAACGGUUCGCCCGAUUACAAGUUUGUGCAUGUCGAAGAAAACGGUAUAGUGCGAGCCUACAACCCGAGAACGUCUUUUGGAGAACAUCAAUUCUUUACUUUCAUCAAGGCUCAAGAAACUACAGUGGUUUACAUACCAAUUGUACCAACACGAUUGGGUGAUAUAGAGGUUACCCUCCACGCUUCCACCUUGAUUGGUAAAGAUCAAGUAACUAGAAAACUACGCGUUGAGUCCGACGGUCUUCCACAAUACCGACACCAGUCGAUGCUCCUCGAUCUCAGUAAUCGUGCCUACGCCUUCCAAUACAUGCACGUUAAUGUUACGGAAACUCCCAUCAUCCCGUACGAAUACGAUCGUUACUACGUUUACGGCUCGAACAAGGCUCGUAUUUCCGUCGUGGGCGACGUCGUGGGCCCCAUUUUCCCCACCAUGCCGGUCAACGCCACCUCCCUCUUGCACCUGCCCAUGGAUUCCGCCGAACAGAACAUGUUCUCGUUCGCGGCCAUCAUGUACACCACUUUGUAUAUGAGGUACACGCAGCAGAAGAAUAAAACGCUGCAGAAGGAUGCUUUCUACAACAUGAACAUCGGCUAUCAGCGGCAGUUAUCGUUCAUGAACUACGACGGGUCUUUCAGUACUUUUAGGAGCGAUUGGGGGCAGUCUUCGCCGUCGGUUUGGCUCACAGCGUAUUGCGCUAGAGUGUUCCAAGAGGCCAGUUUCUAUGAAUGGGAAAAUUACAUCUACAUCGACCCCACAGUAAUCGAGAAAUCCGUAGAGUUUGUUUUGAAACAUCAAUCUCCGUACGGAUCGUUCUACGAGUCGACAUGGCUUCCAGACAGAAAAUACAACAGCUCGCUAAACAUCGAAAACGAUCCAAUCAGGCAUAGAAAUAUUACGCUUACCGCGCACGUGCUCAUUAUGUUGGAGUCGGUUAAAGAUUUAACCAGCGGUCUCAGUUCUAAAGUGGCGAUCGCGUCCAAACGCGCUAUUCAGUGGUUGGAACGCAACAUGGAUUUAAUCAAGACGCAAGGCAAAGCGUUCGACGUCGCCAUAGUGGCUUACGCUCUGAUGAAAACUCGCGCCUCCAAUGCCGAAGUGGCGUACCUGGAGCUGUCGCGCAGAGGCAGGGAGGAAGGCGGGCUGAUGUACUGGGGGCGAGACGCCAUCCCGCAGCCCCCCUACAAGAUCGAGAACCAAAAACCUUUCUUGCUCCCGCGUCUGCCGUACGAAUACGAUUCGGAGAACGUCGAGGCCACCGCGUACGGCUUGAUGGUCUACGUCGCGAGGCAGGCUUUGGACGUGCAAGUCGACAACAUCGUGAGGUGGCUCAACACGCAGCGCCUAACGGACGGCGGCUGGGCGUCCACCUCGGACACGGCCAACGCGAUGAAGGCUCUGAUCGAGUACACGUCUGCGCAGCGCAUUCGCGACAUCUCGUCGCUCUCGGUGACGGUCGAGGCCACCUCGCUGCCCGGAAAAAUGAAGACGAUGUACGUCAACGACAAGAACAGAGCUCAGUUGCAGUACAUCGACAUCCCGAACGCUUGGGGUACGGUCAAGGUGCAGGCCCGCGGUACCGGUUACGCCAUCUUGCAGAUGUCCGUGCAGUACAACGUCGAUAUCGAGAAAUUCCAAACCAAACCGCCGGUGGAGGCGUUCGAUUUGUGGACGAAACAGUACUUCGGCGGCAGAAAUCAGUCUCACAUUACCUAUGUGAGCUGUCAAAGGUGGACGCAUUUGAACGAAUCCGAAAGAUCCGGGCUCACCGUUUUGGAUGUCACCAUACCCACUGGGUACAUCAUUCAGCAACAAGAUUUGGACGAGUAUAUUUUGUCUAGGAGAGUGAGGAACUUGCAGAGAGCUAGAUUCUUGGAGAGAAAAGUUUUGUUCUAUUUUGAUUAUUUGGACAAAGAAGAAACUUGUGUAAAUUUCACUGUGGAAAGAUGGUACCCUGUGGCCAAUAUGUCGCGAUACUUGCCCAUAAGAGUAUAUGAUUACUAUGCACCAGAACGGUUCAAUGAAACAAUAUUUGAUGCCUUAUCGUCGUACGUCCUGGACAUCUGCCAGGUGUGCGGCAGCAGUCAGUGUCCAUACUGCUGGAUAUACAACACAGGAGCGGAAAAUUCCGUCCCAAUCUUGCUGAUACUCUUUACAAGUAUUAUGGUGAUAGUAAGAAAUCUUCGGCAUGACAGCGGCGUUAUAAUCUAA